GUCUUGGACAAGCGCGGGUCACCUCUAGCUGGUAAGUACCGAUCUACUAACACCUGCCUCACUGCUGCUCUACACACCUUAUACCUUCAACUCGACACACCUUAAAACUGCUCAGAAUUAUUGUUUUGCUUUAAUUAGUGUACUGUGAUCAACAAAUAUCAACAUGGGAGUCAGGGAAGGAUUCGCUAAAUCCAACAUAGCAACAAAGAUUGCUUUCUUCAUUGUGCUGUUGGCUGUGUUCGCUAAUUGGAUCGCCUUCUGCACAACAUCGUGGUACCGGAAUGCUGGCACGUACGUAGGUCUUUGGCGAGUCUGCACUAGCUCCAUAGCAUGUUCUGUACUGGACGGUAGCCCUAAUGAUAAAUUGGAUGCCAUCCAGGCUUUCGCUGUUUUCGGCUUCAUGUUUCUCAACGUUGGGUUUAUCCUCAUCCUCCUCUACAUGUUUGUCGGCAAGUUCAAGGGCAACGCUGAGGCCGGCAUAGGUUCAGCCAUCUGUUUAAUUAUGUCAGCUGCUACUUGGUUAAUUUCCGUGGCUAUUUUUGGCGCUGAAUAUGACGACAACGGAAGUGACAAGCUGGGGUAUUCCUAUGCUCUCGCAGUCUGCGCAUUGAUCCUAGCUCUCAUUGGUGGAAUCAUCAUGAUCAUCGGAGGACGUGGCAACAGUUCUGUUAGCUCCAAAUAAAUAUGGUCCAAAUACUCUCUAGGCUUCGAAAGAGAAAAACCAAUUUACAAUGAAUUAUUAAUUUUAACAUCUAAAUCUAGCAUUUUCUAAAAAGUUAGUUUAAAUAAACUAAAAAUAAACAACCUUUAGUAUUCAUCUUAAAAAGUAAAUAAUUUCUUUUCAACAACGGGUUGGAUGUGGUAUGAAUUCAAAAUUAUAAUUUUCUGAAAGUAAGACUAAAUUCCUGGAAGUAGGAUGAAUAUUUGCAAAUGUUAUUUUUUUUUUCAUGUACAGAUACACUGCUGUCGAUAACUUGCCAAUCAUCCGUCCAUUCGUUUAUUUUUCCACUAUAACCAAAUGUUUUAGAUGUUGUAUUAUUGUCUUUGAACGAAUGCGAUCAACCGUGUAUUACUAGCGUGUUAAUUAGCAAUCGGCUAGAUUGAGUUACUGUGGUUUUCUGAGCUGAAAUUACCCUUAAAAAAUAAAAUCACAACCCACCCUGUGUUUUAAGAGGAGUUUCGGCCCUGAUGAUAAACUAUCGAGCUCGUCUAUCCAAUUACACGUUUAGGGGAAUAAGAUCUGAAAACAAUGUGUCAUGUUGUAGCUGUAUAUAUGUAUGUAUCUUCACUAUUUCUCUGUGGUCGUUUGCGAAUGGUGUCAUCAUUAUGUACAACUUGUCAUAUGUACUAAGUAUUACAUUUUAAUAAAUAAAAUAUUACUGUACUAGAAAUUAAAA